AUGUCCAUCUAACAUUUUUUUUAGAGUUUUUUCUGUUUUACUCCUUCAACAUCAAGAAAAUGUCUAAAGUAGCAACUGGUAAAUCCAACUUGGAUGUGUAGAAACUAAACCUCCGAAUAGUUUAAAAAUAAGUUCCUUGGCCCAAAAUCCGUACAAAUCGAUGAUUAGAAGACUUAAAACAACGAUUCAACUAGAUGUCUAGUGUUUAAAAAAAGCUGAUUAAUUUUAUCGGUUAAAAACCACGUUUCUUUGAAAUCAUCAACAAACCGUUUUAGCAGUUUCGGCAAAAAAUUUAACUAGUUUGUAAAAAUAUAAUGUAAAAAUUUCGCAUAGGAAGAUUGUUAAAAAAAAAUUCGAAAAAACAAAUGGCAAAACCGCGAGCAGGAUCCGUCACGGAAGAUUGGAGAAACAUCAAUAAAACAUGGGAGGAAAAACUAACCCACAUUUACAGGUGUGGAUAUGGCACUGACAUCACCAUUAAAAUAUGUGAAGACAAAAACGAAAAGAGCUUCAAGGCGCAUCGAUUCGUUUUGAGCAUGUCGAGUGAAGUGUUCGACACGAUGUUGAAGGCACCGGUUUUCCGGAAUCCAGGCGAUGCCAUAUUAAUGCUGGUCAACGUGAACGCCGAAGCUUUCGCGCAAUUUUUGGAAUACGUCUACUGUAAAAAGUUCCAGUUGUCUUCAACUAAAAAUGCUAUCGCUUUGCAUAAAAUAGCCGACAAAUUUAACGUUUUGGAUUUGAAAUUGGAAUGUGCCAAAUAUGUCGAUGAAAAUUUGACAGUUGACAACGUCAUGGAGUGUUGUGAGUAUGCGGACAUGUACAAAUUAGAUGAUUUGAAGCAGCGAUGUAACGAGUUGAUUCAGAACAAUACGGCCAGCGUGCUGAACGAGAACAACAUGCAUACUUGGAAGAUGGAAUGGAUCGUACUUGUACUCGAACAGCCAAAAUUAAGCAUAAAAGAGCCAGAAUUGUUUCGGUUGAUUCAUAAAUGGGUUAAUACAUGCAGCGAUAACGACUGCCUAAAAGGGAAAAUGUACGAUUGUCUCGUUACGAAGUUCUGCUUCCUCAACUUCUCCGGUGACGAGUUUGUCGCUGGCCCUGUCAAAUCGGGCAUGCUGACGAAAAACCAGUCGUUGGCCGUUCUCGGUCAUAUCGUCGCGGACGAAAACUGCCAUCUGGAUUAUCCCGACAAUUUCAACAAGACGAUACGACAAUAUGUCGAAGGAGGGGCGGAGAAAACGGGUUCGAAAAUGCAGACGCCAAAAAUAUCCAAAGAGUCGGCGGUUCUUUCGGCCAGAGGAAGCAACACCAGCAAGAAAUAAAACGUGUUCACCGACAGUUAA